CUGAAACAUAAACACACUCGAUACCCUAUUUGCCCACUUCAAUUCCACCCGUAUUCACUCCAACACAAGAUUUCUUACUCGAAACCACCUACUACCGUAUAUACCAUAUCAAUAAGGGAAAGAAGGAAAACAAGUCCAACAUGUCCGCCGAAUACAAGAACCAAGACCCCCUCGAUAUCGCCAAACAAGCCGAGCGCGACCUCAACUCGCAGGCCGCGAAGCAAGGCCACCAGCUGGCAGACAAAGCUACAGGUGCUCACGGGGCUUCUGAUUCCACCAAGGAAUCAGGUGUCGAUGAGUCCGUAGAGAAAAAAUUCCCAGGCGCCAGCGUGACAUACGGCUCAGCAGCGUCCGGAGCAGGCGAUAACCGCGACAUUCCCGAGAGCGAGGGCGGUGGUAUCAACCCCGUGACUGGACAAUUAUACAAAGCCCGCGACUUCGAAGGCGUAGGUGGCCCAGAAGACAAGGCGAAGAUCUUAGAAAGGGACCAAGGCGGCCGCGAUGAUGUGAGGAGCAAUAUUCGGCAAUAG